AUGGAUGGCUCAACCCCGGCAUCCCAGGGACAGUCGAAACGUCCCCGCGUUUCAGAGGAAAACCGCAAAAGAGCCGUGAGAGCAUGUGACGGAUGUCGCAGAGUCAAGGAGAAAUGCGAGGGGGGAGUCCCCUGUCGGCGCUGUCUACGCUAUCGGCGACAGUGUGUGUUCACGCACCCUGAUCAUGCCGAGAGAAUCGCUCGCUCCUCGUCUGUCUCCCUGCUGGAGCGCACGGCCGGUCUGACUCGGCAUGAUUUGGCCGAUGCGGAGCGUGUCCGGCUCAUGGAACGCAUCUUAGAGCAUUAUGUGCCUAACAUCUCCUUUGAUAUCCCGUCGCUGCGAAAGGCGGCCGAGGAGCUGAAGAGUAAGCACCGCGGCUUGGCAUCGGAUUUUUCUUCGACGCGCGUCGAUGGCGAGGAUCUGGAAGACCUUGCGAUCGAGGAUGAGGACUUCAUGAUCAAGGCUAUGCCUGAUAAUACGACCCAAUAUUCUGGGGAGUUUUCUUACUUGAACUUUUCCAUGAAAAUUCGGAAGAAGAUUGACGAGUGGAUGAAGACUGCAGCGCCCGAGGCAUCUACUGAAACAGAGCCCUUCGAGGAGAAGUGGAGGGCAACACAGCUGCAAUCGGGUUCUUCUAUGAUCUCAGCGUCAAUUACUUGCUUGCCGCCUCGCUAUGUAGCGGACUUUUUGGUCCAAAUCUUUUUCAAGUAUGCGCAGACCAAUAACUUCUACGUGGAAGAAGACUGGCUGCGCGACAAGCUCAACACAUGCUAUACGAAUUCAUCGAGCCUCUCGUCCGACGAUGCUGGCUCGGUAUGUUCUAUCCUGAUGGUCCUGGCCGUGGGGACUCAAUUUGCUCACAUGGAGUCUGCGACCCCCGUGAACCGAUUGAAUGUCAACUUGUCGAUAAAUGACGACCACCACUUUUCGGAGGAUGAAGUCGGUCUCACGUUCUAUCAGUUUGCCUCGAAAUUGCUUCCCGACAUCAUUGCCACUGCCUCUGUUCGGAGCGUUCAGGCCUGUUUGCUCAUCGGGACAUAUCUAUUACCUCUGGACACAUCCGGACUCUGCUAUACGUACCUUGGCUUAGCGCUGAAGAUGGCCAUCCAGAAUGGCAUGCAUCGGAAAUAUGAAGGCGAGGGGCUCGCUCCGCGAAUGGUCGAGGUCCGCAAUCGGGUCUUCUGGACGGCGUACACCAUUGAGAAGCGUGUCAGUAUCCUCCACGGAAGGCCUGUCUCGUUAUCAGAUGCGGAUGUUGAUGCCGCGAUGCCGAUCGAUUUCCCUGGUUUAAUGCCGACGGGCCAUGUUUCCAACCAUACUAACAUGGUGACACUGAUCACACUGACUUUGAAAUUAGGCGAAGUCGCCAAUGAGAUAUCUGUGUUGCGCAAAUCUCGAAAGGGCCAACAACUGGACUGUCUCGAAAGGCUCCUGAGCCUACGAAAGCACCUGCUUGAUUGGUGGACUAGUCUACCAGAAACAACUGACUGUAGAGACUUGAACCCUGCCGGCCCUCUGUUUCGUUCGAACGUUCAUCUGAAACUGGAUUACUGUCUGACCAGGAUUUUCAUCGGCCGGCCCUUCCUGUUCAGCAACAUGAAGUCAACCAACCCAGCCAUGUUCCUAGGCCCGCCGGUCAAAACAACGUCAGGUCUUUCUAAGAAUUGGUCUACGCUGGUGUCAGACUGUGUCGAAGCCGCGCUCGAGAUUGUUGAUCUCUGUCGGCUGCUCCGUGAUGAAACGGGCCUUGCGCGAGCCUCUUUCACCGAGUUCAGCUCGUGCCGCGCUGCGCUCUUGGUGAUCCUUGCCCAGAGCUUGACCAAGCGCACAGAACGACUACGCGAGGCGCUCGAAAAAGGAAUGGCCCUGAUCAAAAUCAUGUCAAUGGGCGUGGGUUCCGCCAGGUCCGCCGUGAGCGUGAUCGAGGCACUUGAGCGGGCCAUUCGCCGCCUCGAAGACUGGAGCGAGACACAGGCCCAGAGUAAUGCCGGGGCGGUGGAAUCCGCCUACGACCGCUUCAAGAACUGGGAAAUGCUCUGGAAGACCGGGCCGAUCUCCCCAGGCACCGCUGGCCCGUUCCAGGAGCCAUUUACCCCGGCCGGCCCUGGAACAGGACUUCCUCCCGUGCCUGUCACCCCGAUGGCGGGUACCGAGGCUGGCAACGACUCCAUCGAGGGGGAUGUGGCUAUCUCGGACAUUGCCGGCUCGUCGGAGUUUUCUGCGCCUCAUGCGUUCUCCCAGAUGCCGCCGCUUGGAUUCGAUCACUUCGUGUCCAACUUUCCGCAGGAACUGGGCGAAUUCACUGCCCUUCCUUGCUUUGAGACUGAGACCCAGCAGGGACUUGGAAAUGAUAUGAAGCCGCCUGGUUGCGCGCCGGACACAAGAUGGAUGCAAUUCAUGACAGAGUAA